AAAGAAGUUGAGUUUCACCGCGCUCUCGUUUGUUGUUAUGUCGGGAUGCUGCCUUAAUACAGACGGUGAUAAACGUUUAUUUUAAGAGGAAAAUACAGUUUUUGAAUAAGGAGUAUCAUCUGAACUGAGAUCUGCUGUUGUGAAGAUGGUGUUUGUAAAAGAGGAGAGUGAAGAGAACAUGAGUGAACCAGAAACCAGGAGAAUAAAACACGAGGAACCAGAAACCUGCAGAAUAAAACUUGAGGAACCAGAAACCUGCACAAUAAAACCUGAGGAACCAGAAACCUGGAGAAUAAGACACGAGGAAUCAGAAACCUGGAGAAUAAAACUUGAGGAACCAGAAACCUGCACAAUAAAACUUGAGGAACCAGAAACCUGGAGAAUAAAACACGAGGAAUCAGAAACCUGGAGAAUAAAACACGAGGAACCAGAAACCUGGAGAAUAAAACUUGAGGAACCAGAAACCUGCACAAUAAAACUUGAGGAACCAGAAACCUGGAGAAUAAAACACGAGGAAUCAGAAACCUGGAGAAUAAAACACGAGGAACCAGAAACCUGGAGAAUAAAACACGAGGAACCAGAAACCUGGAGAAUAAAACACGAGGAACCAGUAACCUGCAGAAUAAAACACGAGGAACCAGAAACCUGCAGAAUAAAACACGAGGAACCAGAAACCUGGAUAAUAAAACAAGAGGAGCCAGAAACCUGCACAAUAAAACAUGAUGAACCAGAAACCUGGAGAAUAAAACUUGAGGAACCAGAAACCUGGAGAAUAAAACACGAGGAAUCAGAAACCUGGAGAAUAAAACACGAGGAAUCAGAAACCUGGAGAAUAAAACACGAGGAUCCAGAAACCUGGAGAAUAAAACAUGAGGAACCAGUAACCUGCAGAAUAAAACACGAGGAACCAGAAACCUGCAGAAUAAAACACGAGGAACCAGAAACCUGGAUAAUAAAACAAGAGGAGCCAGAAACCUGCACAAUAAAACAUGAUGAACCAGAAACCUGGAGAAUAAAACACGAGGAGCCAGAAACCUGCACAAUAAAACACGAGAAGCCAGAAACCUGGAUAAUAAAACACGAGGAGCCAGAAACCUCCAGAAUAAAACGCGAGGAGCCAGAAACCUGCAAAAUAAAACACGAGGAACCAGAAACCUCCAGAAUAAAACACGAGGAGCCAGAAACCUGCAAAAUAAAACACGAGGAACCAGAAACCUCCAGAAUAAAACACGAGGAACCAGAAACCAGGGGAAUAAAACACGAGAAACAAGGAGGCCUGAUGAAAAUGAAAGAAGAAAGACAAGAUCUGAAAGAUGUGGAGGAGAAAUUUCAGGAUCAUAAAGAUCUUGAUGCCAAUGAAAAAAGAUCUGUGAGUUGCAGCCUUAAAAAAAACAGAAUUCAAAAAGCCUUUCAGCUGCUCUCAGUGUGGAAACACUUUCAGAUGUAACACAAAUCUAAGGGAUCACAUGUUAAUUCAUGCUGGAAUAAAGCCUUUCAGCUGCUCUCAGUGUGGAAAGAGUUUUACAACGAAAGCAGGUUUAAAGGAUCACAUGUUAAUUCAUACUGGGAUAAAGCAUUUCAGCUGCUCUCACUGUGGAAAGAGUUUUACAAAGAAAUCAAACCUUAAUAGUCACAUGUUAAUUCAUACUGGGAUAAAGUCUUUCAUCUGCUCUCACUGUGGAAAGGGUUUUACACAGAAAGGAGACCUUAAGAAGCAUUUGGUAAGGCACUCUUCAGAAAAACCUUUCAGCUGCUCUCAGUGUGGAAACAUUUUCACGUAUAAAGCAAACCUUAAGAAGCACAUGUUAGUUCAUGCUGGGAUAAAGUCUUUCAGCUGCUCUCAGUGUGGAAAGAGUUUUAUGCUGAAAUCAAGCCUUGAUAGGCACAUGUUAAUUCAUGCUGAGAUAAAACCUUUCAGCUGCUCUCAGUGUGAAAAGAGUUUUACACUGAAAGAACAACUUACGAGUCAUUUGGUAACUCACACUUCAGUAAAACCUUUCAGCUGCUCUCAGUGUGGAAACACUUUCACGUGUAAAGCAAGCCUUAAGGAUCACAUGUUAAUUCAUGCUGGGAUAAAGCCUUUCAUCUGCUCUAAGUGUGGAAAGAGAUUUACACUGAAAGGACAACUUACGAGUCAUUUGGUAACUCACACUUCAGAAAAACCUUUCAGGUGCUCUCAGUGUGGAAAGAGUUUUAGAUGGAAAUCAUGCCUUAAUGGGCACAUGUUAAUUCAUGCUGGGAAAAAGCGUUUCUCCUGCUCUCAGUGUGGAGAGAGUUUUACAUGGAAAGGACAACUUACGAGUCAUCUGGUAACUCACACUUCAUAAAAGCCUUUCACCCGCUCUGAGUGUGCAAAGUCUUGGGCACGUAAAGGAUACUUUGAGAAUCACAUGUUAAAGGGGCCAUCGAAUGCAAAUUUUCCAAAAGUUUAUAUGAUUCUUUAGGGUCUUGAAGGGGUCAUAUAAUGCCAUUUGAAAUUUUCCUUUCUCAGUGGAGUACUACAAGCUCUUGGUGCAUGAAGAAGGUCUGUUAAGCGGCAAAGAAUUAGGUCGCAAAUUCAAAGAUAUAUUCUUUAUAAAAGUUAAGCGGUCAACCACACCCCCCUAAAAUGGCUUGUUCAACCACGCCCCCACAUCUCUUCGUCUCUGUGUGGGAAGAAUUGCAUAACACCACCCAAAUGUUCACACAAAGAAAGAAGGCAUAACGUUUAUUCUCUCUGUUGCCACAGCUGACAUGUUGUGGAGUCGCUGUGUUUCAUUAAACUGAAACUCAGUUUGGCCUUCAAAAAGAGGACAUGACAAGAAAUCAGUGGUGAAGUUGUAUUUCAGCACUGUUCAAGAACAGUCCAACCCAAAUAUUCUGAUGUGUGCUGCUCAUUUUAUUCAGGAUGAGGACUGAUUCCUGAACCAGUAGCCUGCAAUGUGUCUGUGGCACAACAGCGGUUUCUGUAAAGUUGGGCAGUUCAAACUUAGCAAGGCCAGUCUGGCUCUUCUGACUCACAGCAUGUAGGUAAAUUUUUUAUAUUUAAAUAAUUUUCCACUUAUGAUUCAAACGCGAGUUUUGAGCAGUAGAGUAUUCUUGUUGUUUGUUAUUUCUCAGAUCACAAAUGCAGACAUGGUUUUAUGUUUACGCAGCGCAAUGCGUAAAAAGACAUAAGUCAUUAUAAUUUGUAAUGUCCCACUGGAUAAAACAAAUGACUGGUUUGUAAUGGGUUUUAUCUGUUUUGUCUCGUCUAGUGAUGUCCAGAUCGCAAACAAAUCAUUUAUUUAUUUUCUAUUUGACCCGAUUCUAUUUAAUACGCUCAAUCUGAUGCAAAAAUAAUCAAUAUCCCGAGUAAUUCAGUUACUCCUAACAGUACAUUGACUGAACUGUGAUGAUGGGAUGUGCACCAGCAGAGCAAUCUCAUGAUUCUGGCCUGGGAGACGACAUAGUGUGUUAAGGGGCGUAACAUUUCGGUUACACGCUUGAGGCAUUCAACCAGUCACGACGGACUGAAUAGCUGGCCAAAUCAUAGCAAACAUCACUUUUCAGACCGAUAAGCUUUGUCAAAAUCGGCGCGUUUCAGAAGGCAGGGCAUAGACUAGAAACUAACACGUACAUUUUAUGGAAAAUAAUGUUUUUUUGAACUGUAAACAGCAUAAACGCAUUGCAUUACACCAAAUAAUGUUCUUUUUAGCAGCAUCAUAUGCUAAAAUAUACUUUGGUUAAAAUUUCUCAAUUGUAGUGUAAAACAACACCACUUUUACCCUGUCAAAAACAGCUCUGUUUGCAGCCAGCUGUUUCGGUGCAUCUUCCUUUAAAUGCUAAUGAGCUCUGCUCACCCCACCUCUCACUUCAGUGGGGCAAUAAGCCACUCUCAUGAGACUGUAAACUUUAGAUACAUUUAGCUGCAGAACUUGCUAACUAGCACAUUAUUAGGAAAGAUGAUUUGCAAAGAUUCAUUUUAAAAAAUAAAAUAAAACUUAUACUCACUUCUGUUGGUGAAGGUGGAUCACAAAUGAUUUGCGUGAACAUAGAUGCAUUUAGGUAAAUUGGGGGCACAUUCACUUCAAAAACAAAAUCAAGCCGUCUCCAGCAGCUCAAUUGUCAGGAGUAAAUAACGACUGCUGUGUAAUUAUUUACAUUCAAUUCAAUUAAAGUUUAUACCAAUCAUAGAAAAGCAGCUUUACAUAAAAAAAAAAAGUUUCUAUAUUACAUGUAGGAGUAUUUUAUUAGUGGUGAUUUUGGCAGAAAUGUUCAGUAAGAAUCAUGCAGUUAGUUACAAAUUACAUGUUAUCAAACAUGAAUUAAAUUCAAACAAUGUGUAAAAGUGAAUUUUGCAUCCGAUGACCCCUUUAAACUGUUUUUUAAAAUUUGAUACAAUGGAGCAUAUCAGAGCAAAUCAGACCAUUUAAAAUUCAAACAGAAAAGUGUUGAAACACAAAGAGCUGAAUUCCACAAAGAGGCCCAGGACAAAAGAUGAUCAUAAAUCAGAUCCCAUCACCAGCCUGAAACAAGCCCAACCAACCAACCAACUCUUUCACAGCUUUGAACAGCUUGCAGGAUUUAAACAAAAGAACACCAACUGAUAAUUCAACUCAGGAAAGAGAUUGUCAAAUUUGGUGCAAGUAACAAAGAUUAAUGAUCAAAGUGACUCAGAGCAUGACCAUCACAUGCAAGUCCAUGAUUGAAAUCGAGAACUAAAGACAUCCUCAGAUUGACUUCUUCCACCUAAAAGACAAGAACCAGACUGAGAUUCUUUCUAGACCCUUUUGACAUUUUGUUCCUCACAGAACACUCCCUCACAUUGACAGAACGAUACAGAGACUAUUCAGUUUACAUGACUAAAUGCAUCAGAUCAACCAAAAUGAUGCUAAAAGGAUUAAUGAACAAAUAUUAUUCUGAUACUUAACUCCAUAUGAUGAUUGUUACCAACACAUUUGACUUUCAUGUCCUAAUCCCCAGUGUUGGGGAAAGUUACUUUUAAAAGUAAUGCAUUACAAUUUAAAUUACUUCCUAAAAAAGGUAACUAAUUACAUAACUUACUUUUGUUUUUGUUACUUUUGCAUUACUUUUAAAUCUGGGCUGGGUUUGCUUGUUAGCUUUUAAUAUAAAAAGUUAAUAUUGUGGCAAACGUAAAAGCCCUUGCCCCUUUCACAUCAAAAGCCUCAGGCGGAAGGAAAUGUAAAUUCACGUCUGUACACUAGAACAAAGAAGAGGAAAGUUCAACACUCUUCAGCAAUAAAAAAAGAAGAAAUGUUAGUUUAUCUUGUGAAAUAUUUGUAUGGUUGAAUUGGAUAUUCGAAGAUCAGCAGCAAAUUGGUUAAUAAAAUUGGAUGUAAUACAUAAAGGAUAUGUGUAUUAUUUAACAUGUUUAAUUAUUGCAGCUUUGAGACAUAUUCUGAGAUCCUCUUAACUGUUUUUAUUAAUUUCGAGGAAAAUUAAAUCAUUUUUUUUUUCUG